AUGCAUAAAUUAAAAGGGAAGGAAACUGCCGUUCAGCUAGCUGGUAAUCAUCUUAAACAUGAUUAUAUUAAUGCAAAUGAAAUUCGAUUUUCAUGUUAUCCGUAUAUUCCAAAGAAUAAACGUGAAACAUUAGAUUUUAAUCAAAUUAAAGUCAAAGUUAUUAAUAUUGAAUAUUAUCUUAAUAAUCAACUUGAAAUUCGUCGUUUACUUAUUCAAAAAGAUAGAGAACAAUAUAAUGUCAUUCAUUUCUUUUUUACCAAUUGGCCAAGAUCUGGUUCUAUCGACUGUCGAACUUUAAUUGAUUUAAAUGAAAUUAUUGAUCAUUAUGACCAAGAAUCCAUUAAUUCACCAUCACCUAUUAUUGUUCAUUGCAGGUAUAUAAGAUUUUACAUUUUUAUGAAAUAUGAUACCCAUUUAUCACUCUAUAAGAUUUGAAGAUUUCUUUUACUCUUUUUUGUAUAUCCAAUGAUAAAAUUCAUCAGUAUUAGAAAAUUUUUUUUCAAUAGAAUAUUUCAACUUCACAAUAUUGAAAAAAUUUAGAAGAUGGAAUAAUCGAUAUCUCCUAUAUAGAACGUUGUCUUGAAUUAAAAUCUUCCAUUGAUAAUCAAAUCACUAAUUUUGUAGUUUACCCUAAUGUUGUCGAAGGAGGACAUAUUAAAAUGAUCACGUAGUUCCUCGAAUUACUUUUUAUGCUUUGGCGAAAGGGGUUUCUGUCGACCAGGCUUGCCGAUUAGGGGAGGAGGAAUGGGGGGAUUUUCCCUCCCUAAAUUCGGAUCCUUUCUGACAAUUUUUUUCUACGAUAUUUCUGCAUUUUUCUACGCAAAAAGACUUUUACUUUUGCGCAAUUCAUAUAUAAUUAAAAUGCAAUUCGAUGAAUUUCUCCAUCCUUUCUCUUCUAAUUCACUUAUAUUCAGUGAUUAGUGCUAAAAUUCGAAUAAUUAAGUCAUAUUAUUUCUGUUUCUGGGAAAAUAGCUAUAUGCUGUCAAGAAUAUUUUUUCUGCCGAAAUCUUGCAGAGAAUCAACUUCCUUGUAGUUUUCUUCGGCAGAUAGUUCAUAUGAACUAUUUUUUUCUUAUACUUUUAGCGAAUUUCAGUCUGCUUUGCAGCUCAUUUUCGAGUUGUGAUACCAGUGGAUGGAAUUCAGGGUGUGGGUGUGGGUGUGACGAUGGGUGCAGGUGAAUGAAGAAAAAGCCCACACCUCACACCCACACUCACCCACACCCACACCUACUCACCUCACACCCACUCCCACACACACACCCACAGCCACUCUCACAUCCACACCCACACACCCCACACCCACACCCACACCCACACCCACACCCACGCACCCACACCCACCCACACCCACACCCACCCACACCCACCCACACCCACACCCACACACCCACACCCCACACCCACACCCACACCCACACCCACACCCACACCCACCCACA